AUGGAAGCAAUAUCAGGACACCCUGUACAGCGGUACUCGCAGCAGCGAAUCACUGACGGCACAGCCCCACCAUCGGCUAUACCCGGCGUUCUCGUCGUCCUGCGACCCGGUGCCCGGCAACUUGGAACAAAUUGGGUCGCGUCCGCUUCAUCCUGCGUCCUCCUCGUUACCUACAACGAUAACGGCCACAACGACGGUGUCACCGGCAACGACGACGACAGCGGCAACGACGGCGACGACGACGACGGGCCUGAUCAAGCAAGAGAGCCUGCAGAGGCAUCACUUGCAAAAUCACCAUCACCUUCAGCCCCCCACCAGCGUCGCCUGAGGCCGGACGAGAUCAAAGUCGAGGUCGGCGAGGACGAGUUCGCGAACGGUGUCGCCCGAGAGGAAUCGGCUACGAAGACCGCGGAUACGUCGACGGUGGCGGCGAGCACGGUAACGGCCGCCACGACGACCACGUCGACGACGACAACGGGAACGAGCAUCCUCGCCGUGAGCAUCGGUACAGCGAGCGGCACGAUCGCCACGAUCACCACGCCGAACACCACGGCCGCGAUGACCACCGGGACCACGACGAUCCCGACGAGACGACGACGCAAACGCCGGCAGAACGAUGGAGAGGCCACCGACGACAGAGAGGACGACGAAGAGAACGAGGAAGAGGAGGUCGAGACGGAGAAACGGCUGAAACUCGACGAAGACGCCGACAACAGGCCCAUCAGUCCUUUGAGGAGGGAUUAUCCGACUGCCAACGCAACAGAUACGGAAGGGACCAAGGAACGAACGGAAGAAGUCGCGUUGGAGCGGACACCGGUGACGCAGGGUUCGUUGCGGGUAAAGACGGAGGAAGAGUUGCAAGGAGUGCCGAGUUCUGGAGGCGGCCCGACGAUAUUGACGACACCGACGCCGGAUUCGGACGUUAUCAGGUCAGGAUUGCCGUGUCGGGAGGUUGAAGCAGCCGCUAGGAACACGGUGGCGCCGUUUCUUAUUGGAAGCCGACGCACCAGCCCACCGCCAGAAGACUGGAAGCCGCUAGACAAGUGUUACUUUUGCCUGGACGGCAAGCUACCGCACGAUGAUCAACCACCACUCAGUCCGCAGAGCGACAGUAGCAGCAGCUCGCGGUCGGCCGAGUCACCGAUGUCGGUCCAGGUGGACCCGAUGGCGGCGUCCGUGGUCGCCGCCGCUCUCACCGGUAGCUACCCUACCCUACUGCCUCAGUGGUGUCUACCACCAAGGGAGGCACCUCUCGUUGCAGGGGUGCAGCCUCAUCAGGACAGUGCAACGCCAGCCGAUCAACCUCUCGACUUAUCGGCCAAACCGAAAAACUCUCAGUUCUUGUUACCGCGCGAAACCACGUAUGACCGGGCCGGUGGCGGCCGUGGCGGCGGCCGCAGCAGCUGCGGCAGGCGUCGGUGGUGUCCCCGUGGUGGGUGCCGGGGGUGGCCGGAGGGCCUACACCGAGGAGGAACUGCAAGCAGCGCUCAGGGAUAUCCAGAGUGGCAAGCUCGGCACACGAAGGGCGGCCGUGAUCUACGGGAUACCGCGUAGCACACUGCGCAACAAGGUCUACAAGCUUGCGAUGGAGCGCGAAAGGGACGCGUCCCUGUCUAGCACCCACUCACACCCUCACGAGCCCGGCGCCCCAGCCACCACCACCACCACCAUC